GAACAAGCUCGCUCUGCAAGCGCGAGGUCCGUAGGCGGAGUGAGGCGCUGGGAGAGGCUGGCGGCCGGUUAAGGCUACAGGGCUGUGAGCACUUCCCGAGGUCUCCCGGGGGGUAUCCGGGACCUCUGCGGGCCCGGAAGGGCCGUUGCUUGCCUCAGCCGCGCAGCUCCUGCCUCUGCCCACAGUGAGCUGAGCGCCGGCACCAUGUCGGCCUACCCCAAAAGUUACAACCCGUUCGAUGAUGACGCUGAGGAUGAGGGCGCCCCGCCGACACCUUGGAAGGACUCCAGCGACCUCUCCAUCGGGUCCGGAGCGCCUGCGGACAAGCAGCAGUACCUGCGGCAGGAGGUGAUGCGCAGGGCCGAGGCCUCGGCCGCCAGCACCAGCAGGUCUCUGUCGGUCAUGUAUGAGUCCGAGAAGAUCGGGGUCGCCACUUCCGAGGAGCUUGUGCGUCAGCGAGGAGUCUUAGAGCGCACGGAGAAGAUGGUGGACAAAAUGGAUCAAGAUUUGAAGAUCAGCCAGAAGCACAUUAACAGCAUUAAAAGUGUGUUUGGGGGGUUUGUCAAUUACUUCAAAUCUAAACCAGCAGAGACCCCACCUGAACAGAAUGGCACCCUCACCCCCCAGCCCAACAGCAGAUUGAAAGACGCUAUAAGUACAAGUAAAGAACAGGAGGCACAGUACCAGGCCAGCCACCCAAACCUCAGGAAGCUGAAUGACUCAGACUCCAUCCCUGAAGGGGCCGUGUCUGCUGUGAGUACCGAUGCUUACCCAAAGAACCCACACCUUCGAGCCUAUCACCAGAAGAUCGACAGUAAUCUGGAUGAGCUGUCCAUGGGACUGGGCCGGCUGAAGAACAUAGCCCUGGGGAUGCAGACAGAAAUUGAGGAGCAAGAUGACAUUAUUGACCGCCUCACAACCAAAGUGGACAAGUUAGAUGUCAAUAUAAAAAGUACAGAAAGAAAAGUUCGACAACUUUAAAGACAGUGAAGGAUUUCCACUCCAUUAUGAUGAAAAGAUUUGAAAGAUCUUUUAAACUCCCAAGAAAUUUCAUUUAUCAUUUUAGUAUGUAAUUUAACAUGUGUUUGCAGAUGUUGUAAUAGAGUUGGUCUUAAGAGAUUUUGUUAUAGGAAGUGUGCGUCCCACUUUUAAUGAGAGCCAAUACCUCGCUCCUUUCUUUGAAUGCUUAGAGUUUUAGUCUCCUUGCCUCGAAUACCUUGGGCCUUUGAUUAUUACCAUGCUUGAAUGAGAAGAAAAAGUUGCAGUUCUUACUUUAAUGAGCAUAUGGGAAGAUGUGGGCAGAAUUUCAGUCUGUUGGACAUCUCAUUCCUAUGCCUUGCCUUCAUCAGAGUGCUAUAGCACCCUGUGAGCCCAUUGUUGGUGCAGGAGGGUCCUUCCUCCCCACACCUUUAUUUAGCAGUCAUCAUCCCUCCCCCAGCACCCCGCACACAUGCAUGCACACUCUGAGCACAUAAUUCUAACCUCCUGGGAAAGGAUCAGUUUGAGGUUCAUUAAUGGAAUGUGUGAGUAUUCUUUGCUAUUGCAUUGACAGAUGUCACCUUUUCCCCUCCUGGCCUCAAGCUUUGGCGUGCAGUUUAGUGGAAGGUGUUUAGACCAGCCCUGCCAGCUGUGACACCUGGAAAUAUGUAGGGAAUUGGGUAAACCCUUCUUCCCUGUGUGUCCUCAUUCCUGACUCUGUUCAUGAUUAGAAGCAGAUUCUCUACUGGCUCAGUGUUGUGCGUGGCUGACCAGCUGGGAGCCCUAUGGAGUUGGUGGGAGUGGAGCAUCACACACACGUGGCCAAGCAGUGACCUUCCUACACUGAGCCCCCCACUCUGAGACUCUUCCUGAGCAGGCCUCCAGUAUCCGGUAUGACAGUGUUCACACAGGGUCUAGGUCUCCUGACCAAUCCAGGGUUCCCACUAAUUCUCCUUGCACAUCUUACAAAGUGACUUGAUUCAGUGCUUGGUUCUCUGACACCAAGUUUCAAGGCUAGAACUCCACAAAUGAUGCUGACUUUGUAUAGAAGGAUUUGGCUAUAAGAGAAAGCCCAGACAUCAUUUUAACUGGCUCAACUUAUUCUUUAAUUUUACAAAAAGAAUCACUUAAAAGCAUUCAUUACAAUUGAUUUCUGUAAUUAAAUGGGUUUCUUUUUGUUGGUACUGCCAACAAAAUAAUUGAAGCAACAAGGCUCUUGUCUUUUUAAAAAGUAAAUUAAAAUAUUGUGAAAAUGGUGAAAGUGAGCAGAGGGACUGAUUUUAAUGAGACAGUUUAGAUCAGAAACUUUACAAUAACAGUGCCUUUCACCUUGAAACAUGGCACUGGCUAGGUUUUAAACGUACACCCAGCCCAAACUAAAAUUCUCAGGGCUUUCAGCAAAAAGGUUACUCAAAAAGCAUAAAGCCACAGUACAGAGCAGCCAGUAUGUGCAUUUCCACUCGUUCUAAUAGUUUGUUUUUUCCCUAACAUCUUCCUCCAGGUAAUAACUGUUUCUGCUCAUUAUCAUCAGGAAUCAGUCAUUAUACCUCAGACCUAGACUUUUUUCCCUUCCAAUAAAGGCCACCCACUGCCAAACAUUCUCUUUUUCAAUCUUCCAUUUGCCUAAUGGGAUUAGUGAUUUAACUGACUUGAAACAAGUAGCACCUAUUUUAAAUACCUUCCCUCUGUUUCUUGGAUUUAUGAAGCCAGUCACCUCACCUUUUUUUUAACCCACGCAUAUGGAAGGAAAGUUGUCUUCACUUUCAUAGAAGUUUUUCUUCCUCUGGUAUAUUAGACAGCCACAUAUCUUAUUUUGUUCUUCUUCAGGCCCCCUAAUUCUAAGGCCUCUGCCAAAGGACUGUCUCUAAGCCACUUACUGGCUAGCAGCUUCUUUCUACUGGGUCUUUACCCCUACUCCUGCAUUGCUGACACUGCUUUAUAAAGCAAAGUUGUUUGCAUUUUCAGAGAAUGAAGGGAUAUCUGAAGAGCCUCUAGAAUCUUUGCAUGUGAUAGUGAUGAUCAAAAAACUUUCUCUUCUCAAGAGACACUCAGAAGUGCCCAGGUUGGUUUUGGGUGGGGGAUGGGCUUUGGUAUGACAGACAAGGCCAAUGAACUUACCUUUCUUGCCAGAUGAGACCCAUAAGACAGAUUUUUAUUUCAACCAUUGAGCUGGAAACAAACUGUGCCUUCAAAAAAGUGGUUUUUCUAACUUUAGGUUAGUUAUAUGUUAAAUGUGCUACUAACUUAAAAAUAAGUGCAUUCUCCUCCAGAGGAAACUAUUUCUAACAUCUAGUGAUUUGUAAUUUAGCAGUGGGGUUGUCUUUUUUGCAUUCUGUAGGAAAAGAGGUCUGAAUUUAACUCAGGUGGCAAGGAAAGAAAUACAGAAGUGUAUUUUAAUUUCUCUAACUUCUAUGAAUAUGUAAUCUUAAGUGUACACUACAUCAAUUUAGUAAAAAUCUUAUACUUUGCCUCUAUAGGUCUUUUCUGAAGAAUUUUUAAAGUUAGCAAUGUUGAGCGUCUUCAGCUCUGAUGGAUGAAAUGUCUUACAUACAGAAUCAUGAUUUAGUCAUUGAAAGUGCUCAUGGGAAGGUGGGCUUUUUGUUCAGUCUGUAUCAGAGCAGCUCUUAUAUUCCAUGUCUUCAACUUAACAACAACCAUAUUCCAUGAAAUAAAAUGUGAAGUUUUUAAAUCA